AUGGCCCUGGAGAAAGGCCCUCUCCUGCUGCUGGCCCUCGGCCUGGGCCUGGCGGGUGCCCAGAAGGCUCUGGAAGAAGUGCCGGUACAGCCGGACUUUGACGCGCAGAAGGUGGAGGGGCGCUGGCUCACCCUGCAGCUGGCAGCCAGCCAUGCAAACCUGGUCUCUCCGGCCGACCCUCUGAGGCUUGCUCUCCACUCCAUCCAGACCAGGGACGGUGGGGACAUGGACUUCGUGCUGUUCUGGAAGGGAGAAGGGGUGUGUAAAGAAGCAAACAUCACCAUCCAUCCAACCCAGUUGCAAGGCCAGUACCAAGGCUCCUUUGAGGGCGGCAGCCUGCACGUACGCUUCGUCAGCACCGACUACAGCAACCUCAUUCUUUACGUGCGCUUUGAGGAUGACGAGAUCACCAGCCUGUGGGUGCUGCUGGCCAGAAGACUGCUGGAGGACCCCAAAUGGAUGGGAAGAUACUUGGAGUACGUGGAGAAAUUCCACCUACAGAAAGCCGCGGUCUUCAACAUAGAUGGCCCUUGUCCCCCACCCCAAGCCUAG